AUGAGGACCAUUUUGCAUUUUUGCUCGUCUUUGCUUGUGCGUUUUCAGCCAUUGUGCAUGUCCCAUACUGUGCAAGACUUUAGGAAAACCCAGUUGCACAUCUGGCCAAAAGGACAGAAAACAAAACAGGAAACAAAGCACGCCUGCCCCCUUCCAUACUUUAUGUUUCCGUCACGAACAUGUUUCCAGGCCAGUGCGCAGUUCAAACUGCUCUUCCGCUCGUCCAUGUCUCGAAUUGCGUCUCAGGCAAUGAUACUUACUGCUGGAUGUGAAAAUGCCAGCGAUAACCUCCAUGGCAUGACUCUUUCCUCUGUAUGUUCGCUUUCGGUUUUCCCAAGACCUUUACUUCAGUUCAAUUUGCAUCUUCCCAGUUACACCGCUUCGUCUUUGCAUUCUAAUGGCGGAUACCUUUGCCUCCAUGUGAUGCCUCCAACGGAAAAGGCUGUCUUUUUAAGUAGAAUAUUUGCCAGCGGCGUGAAAACAGAUCCCGAGCACUUUGAGUCCAAAGGAGACGAUGGAGAGGUUUUUCACGAAAUGACAACGCCCUUUUCGCAUCUUCUGCCCACCGAGUACUACUUUCACCAAAUCAAAGAUCGCAAGGCAAAUGAGAGUCUUAAAGUACCUGUCCUUAAAGAGCUGGAAGUAGCCUUCAUUUGCCAAAAGGAAAAAGUCGUUGAAAUCGAUAAUCACGAAAUAUGGGUCGUUGGUGUCACCGAUAUUCUCUUACCCAACUCCGCAUUUGCUAACAGCAAAACUGGUGGCCUACUAUAUUUUGACAGAGGAUUCCAUGAGGUUGGGCCGCCACUAAGAGAAACGUAG